GAAGGGACGCGGACAACCCGGCAGCAUGAAAUUCCAGUACAAGGAAGACCACCCGUUCGAGUACAGGAAAAAAGAAGGGGAGAAAAUCAGGAAGAAAUAUCCCGACAGAGUCCCUGUAAUUGUGGAAAAGGCACCAAAAGCCAGAGUACCUGACCUAGACAAAAGGAAGUAUCUCGUGCCUUCUGACCUCACAGUUGGCCAAUUCUACUUCUUAAUCCGAAAACGGAUCCACCUGAGGCCAGAAGAUGCCCUCUUCUUCUUUGUCAAUAACACCAUCCCUCCCACCAGUGCCACCAUGGGCCAGCUGUAUGAGGACAACCAUGAGGAAGACUAUUUUCUCUACGUGGCCUACAGCGAUGAGAGCGUCUAUGGCAAGUGAGCAGCAGCCCCUCAGGCAGACAGGGGAGAUGGACUGUUGGAAUGGAUUUGGGGGGGGAAGUGUUGGAGAGGAGGAAGAAGGAUGCCUGAGAAGAGGGGAAGAGAACUGGAAGUGAACCACAUGCACAAUGCCAUCACCUUCCAUGCAUUAAUUGUAACCAUUCUUUUUUCA